ACGUGUAAAAUUUGUUGUGUGAUUCCGGAUUCUUAUGCUGAUCUUUUUCCAUGUGUUGGAGUCCUGUAUUUACAUUCCAUGUGCUGUGGCUGUGUUGUUUCUAAAAAAUUGUUUCUAAAUCGCAUUAUAGAAUAGGAUUCAGAAAUGCCGAAGUCAAAAAGAGACAGAAAAGUGUCAUUGACAAACACGCGGAAGAAAGGUCUGGAACUGAAGCAGAAGUUGAUUGAAGAGGUUCGAGGAUGUGUAGACAAGUACGCUAGAAUCUUCCUCUUCUCUGUUGAAAACAUGCGCAACAGUAAAAUAAAAGACGUCAGAAACAUGUGGAAACACAGCAGGUUCUUCUUUGGUAAGAACAAAGUGAUCGCCAUGGCCCUCGGUAAAGAAAGAGAAAGUGAAUACAGAGACGGUUUGCACAUGCUCAGUAGAAGACUGCAAGGCAAUGUGGGAUUGCUAUUCACCAACGAAUCCAAAGAGGCAGUUAAUGAAUGGUUUGAGACGUUUGUAGAGCCCGAUUAUGCAAGAUCAGGAAACCUAGCCAAGUCUACCGUGGUUCUUGAUGAGGGACCACUCAGUCAGUUCUCUCACUCUAUGGAACCUCAUCUCAGACAGCUUGGACUUCCAACUUCACUAAAGAAAGGUGUAAUAACGCUAGUUGGUGAACACACAGUGUGUAAAGAAGGAGAGUCCUUGACACCAGAACAGGCUAGAAUACUGAAACUGCUAGGCAACACCAUGGUUGAUUUCAAGAUUGACCUCCUGGGCAUGUGGUCCAACAACGGCACAUUUGAAGAUUUCAAAACUUCUGAGAUCACAGAGGCAACAAGUUAUAGAACAACACAGGAGGAUGGAAGUGAUGGGGAGCAGGAGGAGGCAGAGAGUGGGGAGGAGGAGGAGGAGGAGGAUGUGGAGGAGGAAUAGAGAAACAACCUUCUACAGAUAAUGACUUUUAUAUUUAAAUGAAGCCACACACAAGCUUGUAUACGCCUGAAACUGUAGACCGCCUAUUGUCCCUCUUUUGAUUAUACUCCCGUUGGUUUUGUACACGUAGUCCAUGUGUGGACCUUUCCCGAACCGUGGACUCUAUUGUCCUCUCUUGUUAUAGGUCCCAGGUUUGAAUGUGUAUACCUACUCACAUGGGUACCUAUGUGUGCCGCUCCAGAUUUUUAGGGGUUAAGACCAUCUGCUGAAGUUUUCUCAGGGCAAGUCGUACCAUUUUGAGGAAUAUUACUCCACUUAGUAAACAAUAAUUAGACGCCAUAAGGUGUUCCAAAUAAAAAAGAUAUUUAAAAAUUAGGAUAUUUUGAACUGCAUGAAAUGUGACAUUUACGUAAAAGUGUCACGUAAAAUCUCAUCAUGAACCGAACGUAACCGUACGUAUCGGGCCAAACAGGAAGUAUGUGCAAAUUUAAUUGUUGCCCACAACUUAUUAAUCAAGAAUUGUCUGAUGUGUCAUCAUUAUAAAGUGAUAAAGCACCGAGUUUUUUUUAAAGGCAGUGGACACCAUUGGUAAUUGCUUAAAAUAAUUAUUGGUAAAAAACCUUCCUUGA